AUGGAAGAACGGGUGGAGCAGGACACGGUCGUCUGUGAAAAGACUGAACAGUUGGGCGCCAGUUCCGAUGCUGAUGGCUUUAGCAACACCACCCCUGGGAACGACGAGAACGAGGAUGCGUUCGGGGAGAAGAUGGAGCCGCUGAAAUUGCCGGGCCACGACGUUCAGAUCCUCAGGUCCUCCUGGCACCAGCUGAUGGAUGCCGUCGGCCACGAUCGAGAACAGCUGGGCGACGUCCUGUACGUUGGGCUCACCGGCUCCCUAGCCGUGCUGAAGGAUAAGUUCAUCACGCCUCGAGCGGUGAUGUCUCUGCGGCUUUUCAAUGGAUUUCGAGUGGUGGUGGAGAAGGCGGAUGACCCGGCCGCGUUGCUGAACUUCACUGAGACCUUAGCCUUCAAGCAUCUGUCGUACGAAGUGACGCAGGUUCGUGCCGGCCUGGUUGCCGACACGUUUCUAGAGGUGCUAACGCAGAACGUGACCGAGGAGUUGCCACAAGGCGCCGGCGCAGUGUGGCGGCAGAUCCUUAUGUAUGUCGGGAGCGCUUUUCGAUACGUGAAGCAAACCUAUGGCAAGCGCUUGUCCGUGAUUCAGACUGACUGGGACAACAUCCAGAAUGCUGCAAAUGCUGAAGAUGAGGAGAGUGAGGUGGUGCGGAGUUUUCCCAAGAUGUGUGCCUUCUCCAACGAAGUGAUGGGCCAGCCAACCGAAGGUUGGAUGGAAGAGCUCCUGGCGGUUUUCAGCGUGCUUGUGGAGCGGGUGGGGAAUCCGUCCCACCUCGUCGAGGAGUGCGACCUGCUUUCGCUGGCGAUGGUGGCGAGGUCGGAGGACAUCAAGUUCGAGAGGUUCAAACCUGUCAUGCUCGCGGCCUUGCGAUCUCUGCUUCCGCAGACGUGGAGCACGGCGCACGAGGAAGCCUGGGAAUGGCUCUGGGCCACCAUCUCCAGGAACCUGACGGAGUCCACGAUGAAGGUGCGUGCAUUUAAACCGUACAACACGAAGCUGUAUGCCGCCAUGACGGACGAGCACAAGGAAACCUUCCGCACGACAGUGUACACAAAAUUCUUCGCCAAGUGCGUCGCCAGUCAAGACCUCUUCAAGCAGUCGCAGACGAGGCUCCGCUACAUCGCAGACAGGGUCAUGGCGGCUGCAUACGAUAUGAUGCAGCGGGACACCAGCGAGAUGGUGGACGACCUCUCUGCACUGGGCCUGCGCCACGUAGGAUAUGGGGUGCCGAUCGACCUCUUCGGACCCUUCACAGACACCUGUGUGGAAGUCAUCAAGCCCAUCGUUCUUGAGCUACCGAACAGUGUCAGCUCAAAGAAGGACAUGCUCUGCCCAGCGGACAGAGCUCACUACCUACCAGAAUGUGAACUGCAGCAACAUAUGAUGAUCGAGGGAUUCCGCUGGUCGAUUGGGCUGGUGGCGCGGAUUUUGAUGCGAACCAUCACGGAGGGCUCCACAGCCGUGAUGCAGCCUGGGCCGCCGUGUGAUCUAGGGUAUUGCUGUAGCGUAGGCGCAUGUAGGCGCAGGGUUCAGGCUUCGCCAACCCGGUAA